GAUUGGAGGAAGACUCAUUAACAACCUGUGUUAUGCAGAUGACACAACCCUGCUUGCUGAAAGUGAAGAAGACUUGAAUAAGACGACAGCCUUCAGUAUGGAUUGCACCUCAACAUAAAGAAAACAAAAAUCCUCACAACUGGACCAAUGAGCAACAUCAUGAUUAAAGGAGAAAAGACUGAAGUUGUCAAGGAUUUCAUUUUACUUGGGUCAACAAUAAAGAGCCAUGGAAGCUGCAGUCAAGAAAUCAAAAGAUGCAUUGCAUUGGGUAAAUCUGCUGCAAAGGACCUCUUUAAAGUGUUGAAAAGCAAGGUCGUCACCUUGAAGACUAAGGUGCGUCUGACUCAAGCCAUGGUAUUUUCAAUCUCAUCAUAUGCAUGUGAAAGCUGGACAAUGAAUAAGGAAGACUAAAGAAGCCUUUGAACUGUGGUGUUGGUGAAGAAUAUUGAAUAUACCAUGGACUGCCAGAAGAAGGAAUAAAUCUGUCUUGGAAGAAGUACAACCAGAAUGCUCCUUAGAAGCAAGGAUGGCGAGACUGCGUCUUACAUACUUUGGGCAUGUUGUAAGGAGGGAUGAAUCCCCAGAGAAGGACGUCAUGCUUGGCGGAGUACAGGGUCAGCAGAAAAGAUGAAGACCCUCAACGAAGUGGAUUGACGCAGUGGCUGCAACAGUGGGGUCAAGCACAACAAAGAUUGUAAGGAUGGCGCAGGACCAGGCAAUGUUUCAUUCUGUUGUAUAUAGGGUCGCUGUGAGUCGGAACCGACUCGAAGGCACCUAACAACAACAACAUAUACACAUACCCGUUCUUUAUCAAGCUUUCUAUAUAGUUAAAAGGAAAGGUUAUUGGAGUGUAUGAUAGUAAAAGACAUUUUUCUGAGGGAUUGAUGAAAGCUCCUUGGUAGUACUGGGGUUGAAGAAGGCUGGCCUUUUUAUAAUGCAGACAUUUUUCUGAGAUAUGCAGAUAUUUUUCUGAGCGGUGUUCUUUCAUAAAGAAAAUAUGGUGUCCUCAUGUGUAAAUAAAAUACCCCUUUACUUGCUUGCUUUCACUAAUGGCAGCCAAAUUUUGCUUUCACACUAUUAGCUGAUGGUUAAAAUGCAAAUGAUGUCAGGAAAAAAAUUCUAAUAUCACAGGGAAAAUAAGACAUUUCCAAAGGUCUGUUUUUUUGAGCCAAGGGUAUCUUGGGUCACAAAAAAAAGAAGCACGAAAAGACCAAAAGCAAACAAAGAAACAAUGGUUAAGGAAGAUGAAAGCUAUAGAGUAUGUAGCAUUAGCUGGGGCAUAUGAUCAGAAGAAAUGAAUUCAACUGUUAACUUCAACCCUUAGUAAGUAUACACCUUUGAAUAUGUCACAUAAGCUCUCAGGAGAUGAUUUUAAUUAUUGCCAACCAUACCAAAUACAUUUCAAUCAUGCUAUCUUCUAACUAAUUUCAACUCUUUUAGGGGCAAUGAGAAAUACCUUUCUUUUAACUGAAAUUCAAAAUUGCUUCCAUAAAAUAUAAUCUUUCAGUUUUUAGUUGGAAUUAUUUGAGUUUUCCCUUUCCUGUAUCUAGAAUGACAUAUUAUUGUAAAGGGUUAACUUUGGUGGAGUUGGAAGAAAGUGAUGGUCUAAGUGGUUUCCUACAGCAGAUGAUGUUGUUUAUUAAUAUGUCCACUCUUCUCUGUUUUGGAGAGCAUUACAGGAGAGCUAAGAGGUGAGGAAAGUGUGCAUUUACUUGGCAUGCACACGUUAGGAAAAUGGAUAGAUGACACUUGCUAGAUGUAAGGACAUAAACUUCUACACUUUUAACAUACCAUACAUUUUGGGAGGUGACAUUGCCACUCAUGUAACAUUCCAUACUUUACAAAUGGGUAUACUGAGGAAUAACAAUGAGAGCAACUUAACAGGCUUCAUCCUUUUGAGAUUUUCGGAUCAUCCUCAAUUACGGAAGAUUCUAUUUGUGGUCAUCUUGAUAUUGUAUUUGCUAACCAUCUUUGGCAACACCGCCAUUAUCCUGGUGUCUCACCUGGAACCCAAGCUUCACACACGCAUGUAUUUCUUCCUUUCUCAUCUCUCCUUCCUGGACUUUUGCUUCACAAGUAGUGUUAUCCCCCAGCUCCUGGUAAACUUGUGGUCUCCCAUGCAAAUCAUUACCUAUGGCGGCUGUGUGGUUCAAUUCUAUGUCUCCCUUGGGCUGGGAUCCACUGAGUGUGUCCUUCUGGUGGUAAUGUCCUAUGAUUGCUAUGUUGCCAUCUGUCAUCCCCUCCAUUACACUGUCUUGAUGAAUUCCCAUCUGUGCAUGAAGCUGGCCUCUAUGGCAUGGUUCAGUGGGUUGGUCACCACCCUGGUACACUCCACUCUGCAGCUGCCCUUCUGUGCACAUCGUCAAAUUGACCAUUUUUUCUGUGAGGUGCCUGUGCUCAUGAUGUUGGCCUGUGUAGACACCACAUUCAGUGAGGCUGAGCUUUUCGUGGGAAGUAUCCUGUUCCUUAUAGUGCCUGUCUCAUUCAUCAUGGUUUCCUAUGACUACAUUGCUCAAGCAGUUUUGAGGAUCAAGUCAGCUACUGGCCGACAGAAAGCAUUUGGGUCCUGUUCCUCCAACCAUGUGGUGGUCAUCAUCUUCUAUGGGACCAUCAUUUUCAUGUAUCUGCAGCCAGCAAAGAGCAGAUCCAAGGAUCAAGGAAAAUUUGUUUCUCUCUUAUACACUGUUUUAGCCCCCAUGCUUAACCCUCUUGUUUAUACUCUGAGAAAUAAAGAGGUUAAAGGGGCUCUGAAGAGAGUUCUAAAGAAGGUUCUGCAAAUCAAUUUUACAUGAUUAUCAAAAAAUUCUUAAAAGAGUUACUGUGAUGAAAAGCUUUUAAACGGAGCCUAUCGGAGAUAUUUUCUUUGGAUUAAUUAAACCAAAACCCAAAC